UCAACAGUCACAGGAAAAGCGCUUUCAAUCACUCACUUUCUUCUCCAUUAAUUCCUCCACCACUCCAUGCAACAAUGCAUCAUUCAUUCAUUUCCAUUCUCCAUGGCAACCAACCAACUCAGAGAACCACCCAAAAGACUCCAAUACCCACUCGACUCUUCCUCCUACAAGCUCCUCAACGAGAUCGGCGCCGGCGUCAGCGCCGUCGUCUACAAAGCCAUCUGUAUCCCCAUGAACUACGCCGCGGUCGCAAUCAAAUCCAUAGACCUCGACCGUUCCCGCCCCGACUUGGACGACGUUCGUCGCGAGGCCAAAACUCUGUCCCUCCUUUCACACCCUAACAUCCUCAAAGCACACUGCUCUUUCACCGUCGACCGCCGCCUCUGGGUGGUCAUGCCCUUCAUGGCCGCAGGAUCUCUCCAAUCCAUCAUCUCUCACUCCCACCCCAACGGCUUAACCGAGCCCUGCAUCGCGGUGGUUCUUAGAGACACCCUCAAUGCCCUCUCCUACCUCCACGGCCAGGGCCACCUCCACCGUGACAUAAAAGCCGGGAAUAUCCUCGUUGACACAAACGGACAGGUAAAGCUCGCGGAUUUCGGCGUGUCGGCUUCCAUCUACGAGUCCUCCACGUGUUCCUCUCUCAAGUUCACCGAUGUUGCAGGCACGCCGUAUUGGAUGGCUCCGGAGGUGAUUCACUCGCAUACAGGGUACAGUUUCAAGGCUGAUAUAUGGUCCUUUGGGAUAACCGCUUUGGAGCUCGCGCAUGGAAGGCCUCCUCUCUCCCAUCUUCCACCUUCAAAGUCCAUGAUGCUCAAGAUCACCAAGCGGUUUCGGUUCUCCGAUUUGGAUAAAUAUAGAAAGGGGAACGGGAAUAAGUUCUCCAAGGCGUUCAAGGACAUGGUGGCUUCUUGUCUGGACCAAGAUCCUUCCAAAAGACCCACUGCUGAUAAGUUGCUGAAACACCCCUUCUUUAAAAACUGCAAAGGAACUGAUUUUCUGGUCAAGAACGUGCUUUUAGGGUUACCCAGUGUGGAGAAAAGGUACAAGGAGAGCAAGGUUAACGAACAUGCAGAUGGGGGAGGCCACGAUGAUGAUGAUGAUGAUGAAGACCCCGCCAUGCUGGUGAAGGAGAGAAGGAUUAGUGGAUGGAACUUCAACCAAGACGGGUUGGAGCUUGAUCCUGUGUUUCCAAACGAUGAUGCGGGGGCUAAAAAGGCUGAGCUUGGAGGGGAAAGUGUUAUGAGAAAAAUGGAGGAGCUUGUCAAUGAUGGUGGAAAUGAAGCAGGAAGUGGUGGUGGUGGUGUGAAGAAGAGGGAGAAGAUGUUGACGACUUUGAAUAUGCUGAAAGGGAGCUUGGAACAAGAGCUGUUGGAAGUGAAGUUUCUUGUGAAUACAAUAAGAGGAGAGGAGGAGAGUGAUCGUGAUCAAGUGGCUGCUGCUGCUUCUGCUGAUCAUAGUGAGGAGAAGGAGAUUUCUAGGCUCAGGGCUGCACUGGAAAAUGAGAGGAAGAAGAACUUGCAGCUGGAGUUGCAGCUCCACAACUGCAAGAUUCAACUUUCUUCUCUCAAUAUUUCCAACUAAAAGCUCUCAAACACUUGCAUUCUCCAUGCUUAUAUGUAAACUUAUGUUACCUGAAACAGCUUUAAAUUUCAUUUUUCUUAAUCAAUCACCUUGUUUCUUACAUGAAUAAAAAAAUAUAUCAAGUGAUAACCAUUUUUAC